CAUGAUCGACCGUCAUUUUCCUAAAAUAGGAAAAUCACAUGACCUACUUGGUCAUUCAUCCGAAUUGGGCGCUCUGUACAUAUGUAGAAGGGGGGAAAGAGCAACGCAAAAAGGGAAAGCGGAAAAGUCCAACAUCAUCUCAUCAUCUCAUCGCACUUCGGGAAAUCCCACGUCGCUUACAGUACAUAUGUAACACCGCCUUUUUGCAACACCGCCUCCCCUCCACUGGCACGUCCGGCCGCGUACCGGCCAACAAACAGCCCAUCAUCAUGAUCUACCUGCAUGCGGAUCAGAAAUGAACUAGCCGACGACGUCCUGACUCGUUUUACAAAUAACCGUGCGGGUACUCGUACCCGAUCGAACCUGCAUGUCGCUCAG